AACGAAUUAUCAUCACCUUUUUCAUUUCUGCCUUAUACCCAUAAUAACAAUGCCUCCCCGGAAGUCCAAGUCUCGUGACGUCAAGUCAACCGCCCCUUCACCUUCUCCCUCGAUUGGGCAACGACGUUCUUCCCGCGCACCCAGAAAAGAGCCCGCCCCUGCCGUCGAGGUUGUUGAGGAAAAGGACGAAGUUAGUAGUGAGAGCGAAGAAGUUGAUGCUGCUGAGGGUUUGGAAACUAGAGAGACCGACGCAGGGGAAGCGGAGCAAGACGAGCAGGUACAAGAGGUUGCGGAAAAAGAGCACGUGAAGAGCAACAAGGGCAAGGAGAAAAUGUCCAUGGCGGAGCGAAUGGCUAAAAUCAAGGAGUUGCGUAUGAAGAUGAACCAAUCUGCAGCUCAAAAUCGUCGCGACCUGGUGGAAGACCAUCAGAAAGCUCAGGUGACAGCCAAAGAGCUUGCCCGUCUCGAAAAGCAACGCAAGCUUGCUCAAACUCUCCGACUUAAAGCCGAGGCUGAAGAAAAUGGUGAAGACAUUGAAAGGAAGAAGAAUUGGGAGUGGACGAUUGAGGAUAACGAGAGAUGGCAGGCUAAAUUGGAGGAGCAAAAGGUCAAACAGGACACUCAUUUCCACAACGCCGAAGAUGAUGCGUAUAAGAAAUAUAACCGUAACCUUCGAGCAACGAAGGCCGACCUUGUUGCCUACGAACGACAGAAGGAGGCUGCCCUCGGCCUUGCUCCUGGUACACUCGUCCCAGCUCGCGCCACCUCUUCCUCCCUUGCUGCUUCCUCGUCAAAACCAGGGCUCACUGGUGCAGAGGACCUUUAUCGAGGAGCAGACACAUUGGUAUAUGGUGAUAACAAGCCUAGUGAGGAUGCGGUCGACAGGGUCAUCUCCAAGAUCAACAAAGACAUUGGGAAAAAGAAGCGAACCAAGAAGGAUGACGAAGAUGGAGAAAUCAACUACAUCAAUGAAAGGAACAAGGUGUUCAACAAGAAAAUCUCUCGAUACUUUGACAAGUACACGAAAGAGAUCCGAGCCAACUUCGAGAGAGGAACUGCUCUUUGAGACCGUAAUCAAACCUGCAAACAACUUGUUCAGCUCUUUUCUUAGACAUGUGACCCUUAUCUAGGUCCUGAAAUGUAUUAUUGUAACAUUCGUCGAAGUAUAUUUGUUCAUGCAUAACAAAAGGUAUUUGCAACAUAGUCUCUUAUUGUACGGUAUUCUCAAGUUCAGUAUCCGUUGCUGCUCAUUACCCAUUUCCAAAUGUUAUCUAUCUUUCGCUUUCAUGUACAAUCCUUCAUGCACCUUAUUAUUC